AGAUAGAGAAAGAGACUCUAUUGAGAUAAGCCCUAGUUUUUCUUCUUUUUUUCCUUUUUUCCUAUUCAUUUUAUUAGUGGAGGGGAGAAUGUGAUUCUUUAUAUAUGCAUCCUUAGCAAAACAUAGCUAACAGAGAAGAAAAAGAAAAAUGGAUCCUCCACCACCACAGGAAAUGUCAUAUAUUGAUCAUGUCAAGAAACGCCAUGAAGAGAAAGGCUGCCUUUAUGCCUGGUUAUGUGAAGGUUUGUGAUUAUGUUGCUUGAUUACUAGUGUAUAAAUUGAAAAUUUAGAUAGCAAACAAAUUUCAAGCCACUGGCCUUGUGGCUUGAGCAUCUGUAAAUGUAAUAAAUAAAAAAUGAAUUUGGUGAGAAUCAGAUCUUCUGAUGCUUUUCUUCCUUACUGCUUGAUUCCAUGUCCAUAUUUAUAUCUUGAUGUUAUGAAAAUUUUGACAGAUUAAACACAGGAGAUUAGA